AUGACUAUCGAUAGUCGCGCGGAUCAGAUUGCCGGCAUUGGCAUCACCUUCUUGGUGUUGACGUCGAUUGCCACCUUGCUGCGAGUUUACUGCCGAGCGGUCGUCAUCAAGGCCUUUUCUAUCGACGAUUGGUUUGCGAUUAUCGCGCAGUUCAUGUUUAUCGUCUUUGUCUCAUACGAACUCACCGGUGUUAAAUAUGGAACUGGCCGACAUACCAAGGAUAUUUCGCCCGAGAACUUGCCCAAGGCGAUGCAGAUGUGGUGGACAUGCGAACCUACUUACGUCUUGGCCAACAUGGCCUUGAAAGCCAGUAUCGGUAUCUUUCUGCUACGAAUUUGCGUGACCCGCACGCACAGAAUGGUCAUCUACUGCAUCACCGGCCUCACCGAGAUCUACAGCUUGUUCUUCUUCCUGCUCUUCGUUCUGCAGUGCCGACCUACAUCUCUCUUCUGGCUCCGAUACACCGCCAAUCCUCCCAAGGGAAGCUGCCUCGACGCUACAGUUGUUUCCAACGCCUUCUACGGCUACUCGGCCAUCAGCUGCUUGUCCGAUUGGACCUACAGUAUUCUCCCUAUCUUCCUGGUCUGGAAGCUGCAGAUGAGCAGGCGAACCAAGAUCUCUGUCGCUGGUAUUUUGGCUGCUGGUGCCAUUGCUUCUAGUGCCACCAUCAUCCGAUUCCCUUACCUCUACUCCUUGACCGAUAUCGACGACUUCCUCUACUCCACCUCCGAAGUCGCCAUCUGGUCAACAGUCGAGACAGGCCUUGGUAUCACCGCCUCAGGUAUCGCCACUCUCCGUCCUCUCCUCCGCAGCUUCUUCGGCAAUGGCUCCAGUGCCGACGGUAACGGCAACUCAGCUCGUCCCUGGCAACGAACCGGUAGCAACCACCCUUCCAACGGCUACCUCCGCAGCCACGGUGUUGGCGCCAAUGGAGAGGAGGGCUUCGAUCUUCACGACAACGCCGGAAAGCGCAUUGGUGUUACCACUGUCAUCGACCACGGUGAUGAUGCGAAGGCUGGCGAGUCUUACAAGCGCGGUAGCAGAUCAGAGGAGUCAGACUCAGUUCGCGACCUACAGGGUUGGAACAGCAGUCAAUCGGAACUCGCAGCGGACAAGGAUGGACAGCCCAGACCUGAGAAGGGCUGGAACGUUCUGGUCAAGAAGACCGUUGUUCAAACAAGAGGUUCAGACUUUGCGUAG